AGAAAUAAGAUAUACGUAAUAUAAUUAUUGCCGCACAUGCAGCAUCCAGCGAUUUUAUAAAUUUUGCUAGCCUGUGGUUUCAUUGGACGCGAAUCCGGGCGAACUGACAUUUUGACGAAUGAAACAUACGAUCGUGUGCCGAGCGAUAGAUAUUUAUUUUCCGAUAACUAUCCUUUGUCUGUACACAGACUACAACUUUCGAAAAUACAAUUCAGCAAUGUACGAGAGAUACUAACUUAUUAAAAUCGCAAGUCAGAGAGUCGUCUGGAGAAUGUCAAAACCUGAUGCGCCCUGCAGAUUCUUAGUAGAUAUUAUGCAUAUGCAGUAGGAAAAGGCUAGAGCCAUUGAUGACUUACAGAAAGUGCUCUAUUUGGAAAAUCUCACAAAAGCAGACUUAUACAGACUUAGUGUACAAGUUGAGAUGGACAUAAGUUGAUAAAAGUGGUUGGUCGUUCCACGAUACAUAUUUGAUUGCUUUGACAUACUGAGCUGAUCAGACCGUCAGUUUGCGCGAAUUCGUGUCCACUGCAACUACAACAUUAUCAUCCGCUUAAGCACAUUCCUGAGACAUCGACCUUCAUUAAUAAUUUUCAUUAUUAUUACUGUGUGAUAAAUAUAAUCACCACCAGAAGGAAGGAAACUCUCGAGCUAUAACUACUGUAUAAGUCCGUAAAUGACAGAAAUUUAGCCUAUUGAAAUGAUAAUUUCUAACGAUUUCAAAUACUACUACAAAAAAGACAAAAAGAGCAAGAGUUAAAGAUACAUUAAAAGGUCAAACGGUGACGUCAUCGUAUGGAUAGAAACUUAUCAAGGUAGGAAACACAUCAAAGAUAAUGUGAUUUGUCUGUUUGUACGAUAACCGUAUACACGUAGUUCUAUCAGAUAUCAAGUGUGCCACGAUAAACAUUCGACCGGUAAAAGUAGAUAUUUCGCGGACUUCUGCUCAUUACUCAACCAUCGGUCUAUCGACGAAUUACAACGUUUCGUAUAUACAUAUAUAUACACAACUUUUUCUAACUUUUUUUCCAAUAAUAUAUUCCGGUGAUUGCGAAUAACAACCAGCUUGAUCGCUUCAAUGGCGAAGACCACGGACUCUAUUUGCGAUGUACGCAAGCGUACCACAGAAUCCAAAUCUGAAUUACAAUCAAUCGAAAACAAGCAAAACAAUGACUUUUUAGUUAAUUAUCAAAAUCAAUCUUACAAUAUACAAAAGUUUCUUCGGUAUCACCCCGGUGGAACGAAGAUAUUGAGAUACUUUAAAAAUCGAAGCUUAGAGAAGGCGUUCGAAGAAUUUCCCCACUCGCAAGCGGCAUUUCACCUGUUGCAGGACUUCACGUUGAAUCAAGAAAAAUAUCAAAAAUACGAAAAUCUGAUCGAUUGGGACAAAGCUAUACUUGGACAAGUAGGUUCACUGGGUCAUCAUUACUGGGAAUGGGUCAAUUUACCAGUGUAUAGGGAUAUUAAACUUUUCAAGUCAAACAUCGUAGAAAGUUUAACAAUUACUCCUUGGUAUCUGAUACCGAUAGUAUGGAUUCCAGUGUCUCUCUACUUCUUUUAUAACGGAUUGGCACGCAUCGCUGCCAUCAAUACCGAAAGCAUCGUGUUUGAACCUUUAAUUUCUUUUAUAUUCGGUAUAUUCAUAUGGACUAUGUUAGAAUACGUAUUUCAUCGUGAAGUUUUUCACUUUAAACCACCCGAUAACUCGAAACUAUUUAUUACUUUGCACUUUUUACUACACGGUGUUCAUCACAAGGCGCCGUUUGAUAAAAGAAGAUUAGUAUUUCCUAUUCUACCAGCUUUAUUGGUAGCAAAACUGUUACUAAUGAUUUAUAAUGUGGUGUUUCCACAAACGAUUUUUUAUUUUAUACUCUCUGGUACAACGACAGGCUAUAUGUUUUACGAUUUAAUACAUUAUUAUCUACAUCAUGGCGCACCGAAGUUUGGAACAUAUAUGUACUUAAUGAAAAGGAAUCACAACUAUCAUCAUUUUUUACAUCACGAUCUAGGUUUUGGUAUCACCAGUAAACUAUGGGAUUACAUAUUCAGAACGAAUAUUUGUUUGCGGCAAUUGUUGAAGCCCAUUGAAUGGUAAAUCGAUCCAUCCGUAAUGGUAAAUUAUAUACGAACUAUGUACAUAUAACAAGC